AUGGACAAAUACUUGCGGACGUGGAGACAGGAUGCCUUGAAUAAAGGUCAACAUGACGCGGCCAUCUACAUCGGAGACAAAGUCCUCGCUUUAACCAACAGUGAUGCGGACGCAUUUUGGCUGGCCCAGGUGCACUUUGGAAACAACAAUUUCACGCGUGCUCUUGGCCUACUCUCCCGAAAAGACCUGAUCAGCCGCAGUCUGUCUUGUCGGUAUCUGGCCGCCCACUGCUACAUCAAGCAAGGCCGAUACGAGCAAGCCCUGGUCAUCCUGGGCGAAGAGAACCCUACCCACUUGAUCACCACAUCGCACAAUGCACGGAGGAAACUGGCGCAUCUCAAUGGCCAUGCCCACAGGAGUACCACCCACAGAGGCGGUCGGGCUCCAAGAGACCGGAUCGAGUUGAGCGAGGAGCGGGAACGCGACCGAGAAUCAGAGAAAGAACUGAAAUUCCAGGCUGGCAUGUGUUACUUACGAGGACUCUGUUAUACCAAACGAAACGCAUUUGACCGGGCAAGAGACUGCUAUAAAGACGCCGUGCGGAUAGACGUGCAAUGUUUUGAGGCCUUUGACCAGCUCAUGAAGAAUUCCUUGAUGUCUCCAGCCGAAGAACUGGCUUUUCUGGAAGAACUAGACUUCGACUCGAUCCGAGUUGACGACCCAUCUGUGGCACAAGAGGCUGCUCAUUUUACGAAACUGUUGUACACUACACGGUUGUCCAAAUACUCUUCACCUUCAACACUGGCCAACGCCACCGAGACGCUAUCAACGCAUUACAACCUGGCCUCCAACGCCGAUCUACUGCUUACACGAGCCGAAACUUUGUUUACGCAAUGUCGAUUCCACGAAGCACUGGCCAUCACAACCAGCAUCCUGAACUCACGGGAGAGUUCAAACGAUCCCACCGACGCCUCUUCCAGCAACACCAAUGCUUCCCUUGGCCAUACUCCCAGACUAUACCCUCUACAUCUUGCUGUGCUCUACGAAACGGGCGCACAUAACACUCUGUUUCACCUGUCACAUACCUUAUCCCAGCAUGCGCCUCACGAAUCGUACACUUAUCUUGCAAUCGGCACCUACUACUUGUCCACCUUCCGAAUAGCCGAGGCGCGACGGUUUUUCUCCAAGGCGUCUUUGAUGGACCCGCAUUCUGCGGCCGCAUGGAUCGGAUUCGCCCAUACAUUUGCUGCUGAAGGUGAGCAUGAUCAAGCCAUUGCGGCAUACUCGACGGCGGCGAGGUUGUUCCAAGGGAGCCAUCUGCCUCAACUCUUUCUGGGGAUGCAGCAUCUUGCGCUGAACAACAUGCAGCUUGCGUGGGAGUACGGGCUAGCAGCAUUUCAGAAAAGCGGUGGCGGACUGAAUGGCGGGACCGAAAAGGAGUUGACCGAAAAGAUCUUCAACCAGCCCGGCGAUCUUGGAGGUGACCCCUUGGUGCUCAACGAAAUUGGCGUGAUACUGUAUCACCAGUCCAGCCUUGCCGCUGCCGCCAAACUCUUCCACCGAUCUUUGGAACUGGCUUCCGAAUUGGGAUUCAAUAUGACUGCCUGGGUGGCAACGCGGGCAAACCUGGCACAUGCUCUACGACGGCUCGGCAGAUUAGAUGACGCUUUGGCCGAGUUUGACGAAUGCCUGCGCACAGCCACCGGCGGCGCUGCCCCGGCAUCUGCCUACGAGCCAGGACACGCCGUGCCGGCCUUUGCCAACUUGAGUCUUGGGGGUCCAAGCAGUACCGGUCUGAGCCCUAGCGGUGCAGCCAGUGGCUACGAUGAAAGGAAUCUGAUUGGCAGUAUCCAUACGAGUCGGGGUUUGGUCCUGCUCAGCAUGGUCGGUCGCACCAGGGACGCCGUCAUGGCUCUUCAUGAGGCGGUGCGCGUCCUGGGCGGCGAUGCUGGCGGUGGCGGGGUGGCCGGGUCCCUGCUCAGUCGCGCCAUGGAGUUUUGGGCCUUGGAGGAAGACCAAGGCUUGUUGCUGGACGAGACCGACACCGAGACCGGAGCUUCACAAGAAGAACAACGGGACCACCCUGCCACUACUGCCAAAUCCAAAGUCACCGGUACUGGUAGCAGUCGGCCCAGCAGACGACGAGGGAGAGAAGCGGUCGUCAACGACGAAGCGUCGUCGGGCGUUUCAGGAGUGACUGGUUCUAGUUCGAACCUGCCGAAUCAACCCCCAUCGAGGAAUAAUGAUCAUCAUUCUCACGUCGAGCAACGCAUGGAUGGAGAUGCCGAUGCCAUUCUAGACGCCGCCUUUCGAGCUGUAAGAUGA